AUGGGAACCCAACAAGCACCACCCAGAGAUAUUGAUGAAGAAUUAAAGAGGCAGAAAGCAAUUGAUGACUGGCUUCCAAUUAGUUCUUCGAGAAAUGCAAAAUGGUGGUACUCUGCUUUUCAUAAUGUUACUGCCAUGGUUGGUGCUGGUGUUCUUAGUCUCCCUUAUGCCAUGUCUCAACUUGGAUGGGGUCCUGGGGUGACAAUACUAGUCCUCUCUUGGUUCAUCACACUCUACACACUAUGGCAAAUGGUGGAGAUGCAUGAAAUGGUUCCAGGAAAACGUUUUGAUAGAUAUCAUGAACUGGGUCAAUACGCUUUCGGCGAAAAGUUGGGGCUUUAUAUUGUGGUUCCACAACAACUUAUAGUUGAAGUUGGGGUUAACAUUGUAUACAUGGUGACCGGAGGAAAAUCUUUGCAGAAGUUUCAUGAUACCGUGUGUCACGACUGUAAAAAGAUUAAGUUAACAUAUUUCAUUAUGAUUUUUGCCUCGGUUCACUUUGUCUUGUCUCAUUUACCCAACUUGAACUCUAUUUCUGGUGUCUCUUUGGCUGCUGCAGUCAUGUCCUUGAGUUACUCUACAAUUGCUUGGUCAGCUUCUGCGCAUAAAGGUGUUAUAGAAAAUGUUGAAUAUGGUUACAGAGCUACGACUAAACCAGGAACCGUCUUUGGCUUCUUCAAUGCUCUUGGUGAUGUGGCUUUUGCCUAUGCCGGACACAACGUAGUACUAGAAAUUCAAGCAACAAUUCCAUCCACGCCAGAAAAGCCAUCCAAAGGUCCUAUGUGGAGAGGAGUGAUUGUUGCCUACAUAGUUGUAGCUUUGUGCUACUUUCCGGUUGCUCUGAUCGGUUAUUGGAUGUUUGGUAAUACCGUUGACGACAACAUACUCGUCACCUUAGAGAAACCAAAAUGGCUUAUUGCAAUGGCAAACAUGUUUGUUGUUAUCCAUGUUAUCGGAAGUUAUCAGAUUUAUGCAAUGCCCGUGUUUGACAUGAUUGAAACUCUGAUGGUGAAAAAGUUAAAUUUCAAACCUAGCACGAUACUUCGAUUUAUAGUUCGAAAUGUGUAUGUUGCAUUUACAAUGUUUAUUGCUAUUACCUUUCCGUUUUUUGGUGGUCUACUUGGAUUUUUUGGAGGAUUUGCUUUUGCUCCAACAACAUACUUCCUACCAUGCAUCAUGUGGCUAGCAAUCUACAAACCAAGAAGAUUCAGCUUGUCUUGGUGUUGUAACUAUGUUUGCAUUGCCCUUGGCCUAUGUUUGAUGAUUUUAUCACCAAUUGGAGGAUUGAGGACAAUCAUACUUAAUGCCAAGACUUAUAAGUUCUAUUCUUAA